UUAGGGCAAUGUGGGUGCAGCUUUUCUCUUAUUGGAUUGCUCCCUUUACCUGGAAGGGCUUAUUUAAAUUAAGAAUAGCUUAUAAACAACAGGAAGUCUUUUCUUCACUGUGGAGUUUUUUAGCGUGAACAGCUUUUUCACAAGGAAAACCAACCGAUUGCUGCCAUGGCAGGGAAGCCCGUCCUUCACUACUUCGAUGGCCGGGGCAGAAUGGAGUCUAUCCGGUGGCUCUUGGCUGCAGCUGGAGUAGAGUUUGAAGAAAAGUUUCUGAAAACUCGGGAUGAUCUGAAAGGUUUAAGAAAAGAUGGGAGUUUGAUGUUCCAACAAUUGCCCAUGGUAGAGAUCGAUGGGAUGAAGCUGGUGCAGUGCAGAGCCAUUCUCAACUACAUCGCCACACAAUACAACCUCUAUGGGAAGGACAUGAAGGAGAGAGCUAUCAUUGAUAUGUAUACUGAAGGUAUGAUGGAUCUGGAUGAAAUGGUUCUCUAUCAACCUUACCUUCCCAAAGAUGAGAAAGAGGGAAACCUUGCCAAGAUCAAGGACAAGGCAAGGAACCGUUACUUCCCUGCCUAUGAGAAGGUGCUAAAGAGCCAUGCAGAUUAUCUCGUGGGCAACAAGCUGAGCAGGGCGGAUGUUGACCUGGUUAAACUUCUCUACCAUGUGGAAGAGCUGGACCCCCAGCUAUUGGCCAACUUCCCUCUGCUGAAGGCACUGAAAACCAGAGUCAGUAACCUCCCUACAGUGAAGAAGUUUCUUCAGCCUGGCAGCCAGAGGAAGCCUUACGAGGAUGAGAAAUGCGUAGAAUCAGCAAUGAAGAUUUUCCAUUAAAUCAGGCAAACACGGCUGCGUAACAGCCCCAGGCCAACCUUCUAAAGCUUUGCAACAAUGAAGUGCUUUGAUUAAAUGUUGAUCCUGCUUAUUGUGAGGCCAACAAGUUUUCUGCGAAUUGUGCAUUUUGCUAUUUGGUUGUAAUCAAAAUUGAAAUCAUGCUCACUUCCUAGACUAUUCUCUUUGAAUUUCAAUAAAACAGAACAAGCUUCUUA